AUGGCUAUCAAGAAAUGUGUCUUCCUUGUUGCUCUAGUUUGCGGCGGUAUCUGUAAUCCUCUGGGUCAAACGACGGUGUGCGACUCACAGAAUCUUCUGCCAGGAUUCUUACAAGGACUGCCGAACGUAGCGACCACCGUCUGUGACUCCACUCCUAAUUUACUUGGACUCGGUUAUGGGUUGGGGCUGAAUCUUCCGGUGCCUUACCUACCACCCUAUCUGAGCGCACUCGCAAGUACUACUGUAUGUGACUCUGUUCCUAACAUGGCACCUGUUCCGAUAAAUCCUGGAGGUGGUUCUACUACAGUAUGUGAGAGUUCUAAUCAAGGAUUGGGAGUAGGUGGCCUUGGAUUAGGUGGUUUAGGCGGCUUAGGUGGUUUAGGUGGCUUGACUGGUUUAAACGGAUUAAAUGGUUUAGGCGGUUUGGGUGGUUUAGGUGGUUUAGGUGGUUUAGGAGGAUUAGGUGGCGUGCCACCACUAAAACCUGCCACAGCUACUGUCAUUGAAAGCACGCCAAAUAUAGGCCUUGGUCUAGGGUAUGGGUUGCCCUAUUUACCUAACGUAGCUGGGCAGACAACGCUUUGUGAGUCGGGUCCAAAUGUAGGUGUUGGAUAUCCAUUGAGUAUUCCAAGGUUGGGCCUCGGUCUACCCGGUCUUGGACUCGGUCUGCCAUACGGAAGAUUACCUAUAAAUCCAUUGCUUCUAAAUGGAUUACCACUUGGAGCUCUGGCCCCAGUUGGAGUUUUGUGA